AUGAGAGCACGCCUCUUUAUGGAUCGGUGGGGAGCAGAUUUUAGGCUUUCAGCUGCUAAAGUUGGGAAGUCUUCUGACGCCAAAGCACGCCUCUUUAUGGAUCGGUGGGGAGCAGAUUUUAGGCUUUCAGCUGCUAAAGUUGGGAAGUCUUCUGACGCCAAGUACAUCAAGAUUUAUGGUUUCCCCACUGACUUUCACUGGUGCCAAUACAAGUCGUGA